UGUCGCUGUACGGGUUUAGUGUAGGCCUAUUAUACCUGGAUGUCCACAAAUUAGAAACAUAUUGCGUGUAGAAUGAUAUUGUUGUUGACAGAGGAUGUGUCGUGUGGAAGACAGAAAUGCUAGUGGUUCAUAUCGGGUGGCAUGUGUAUUACAAUUGAAAGACAAAUAUGCUCGGCGCACAGCUCUUUGGUCAUAAGCGACGUUGUCACAGGUUCAAGGACAGCACAUUAUUUUGGAAGAGCACGCAUGCGUUGACCACAUGCAGCUGAAUGUAAACUGUUGCUGUGCGCUGUGUAGAUAAACUCAUCCACUGCGAACCCGUUACUUCGGUGAAUACUGAAUAGCUUUCCACGACCUUGUUCUCCUCCAGGAUUGGAUUGGACCAUGCCUGAUUUGAAAUACCCCCUAAUCAAACGACAAAUGGAAAUGACAAGGACGGCAAUCUUUAACUUGAAACGUCAACUUUGAGAUUCGGACAUAUCGCAAAUCAAAACAGACCAACAAGAAAGGAGGUGGUGAGGGAUCCCCGUGGUGGAUUGCAAGCAAGACCCGAUUCUGCCACAUUGUGCCUGACAUCAAGUGAAGGAAUGAGUGAUUUGAGAUUUUGGGACCAGCUAGAACCAGGCAGCUCCGAUGUGGACUGGUGCGAAGGCAACUACUUGAUUUAUCCAAACAUUGCGGAGUUCUACAACACGAUCAGCAACAUCUUGUUUUUUGUUUUGCCACCUAUUUUGAUGUGGUUAUUCCGACAAUAUGCCACACAUUACAACAGUGGAAUAUAUCUAAUAUGGAUUCUUCUUGUGGUUGUGGGUAUUGGGUCCACAUACUUCCAUGCAACACUCAGCUUUCUGGGACAGAUGUUGGAUGAGCUGGCAAUUCUGUGGGUGCUAAUGUGUGCUAUUGCCAUGUGGUUCCCGAAAAGAUACUUGCCACGAGUCUUCAAGAAGGACAGGUUGCGCUUUAAAAUGGUGAUCGGCGUGCUGUCAGGUGUUACCACAGGCCUGGCCUUUGUCAAGCCUGUCAUCAACGCCGUCUCCCUCAUGAUGCUGGGCAUACCCUGCACUGUGCUGCUGAUCACCGAGCUCAAGAGGUGUGACAACCCUCGAGUUUUCAAGCUCGGCUUGAUCUCUGGAAUCUGGUGGACUCUGGCGUUGCUUUGUUGGAUCAGCGAUCGCAUUUUCUGUGAAAUGUGGUCGUCGGUCAACUUCCCCUACCUACACUGUGUAUGGCACAUCCUCAUCUGCCUGGCGUCCUACCUUGGCUGUGUGUGCUUUGCCUACUUCGAUGCCAUCUCAGAGGCUCCGGAGAGGGGUCCAGUCAUUCUCUUCUGGCCCAGCGAGAAGUGGGCCUUCAUCGGAGUCCCUUACGUGACCCUGCUUAACGCUCAGAACAAGUCUCCUAUCAAGAUGACUUAGUGCCCCCCGCUGUGGGCGGCAGGCUCUAAGUGCACUACCUCAACUCAACCUCAGGGAGGCGCUCAGAGCUUUAUCCAGGCACACCUCUCCUCAGGGCUGGGCGACAGAGGGAGGAACAGACCUCCACAAUCACUGACAAGCACAGAGAUAAGGAUUGGUUGGUAUGAAGGGUUUUUUUUCUCAUUGUUUUUGGUGAUUUACAGGAACUUGUGUCAGAAUGUGAAAGGUUUGCUUUUUGCAGUGAGCUGCUUCAAUCUUCACGAGAAAAUGAAUUAUCAAUGCCUGAUAGGUACAUAUUAUGUUUCCAGUAACUAAAGCUUACAGUUACUUGUAGUCAGAAGGUUACACAGACCAUGCUAUUCCAAAGCAAUACGGAAUUCUGCCAAUAUUUCCAAAUGUAAAUGCCAAACAUUUUGUAUGAUUUAUGUUCUCCGUAAAAUAUUUUGUUUUCUGUUUACUUAUGAUUGUCACACCUUAAAUUUUGAAUAUUACUAUGUAGAUGGACCUCUGUGUCAUCAACUCACAGCGCCAAGAGUUGGGUGUAACUAACUCGUUUUAUACAAAAAAGACACUUGUGACCUGCCAAAACAAUUUUGUAUGACAUUUGAUAAUGGAAGUCUCCAGUCUUUUGUUUUUUUGUCGUAUUUAAAAAAUGAUUUGAAGUUUUAAAUCCAUGGUAUUGCACUUUGCUGUGUCAAGAUAAUCGGAGAACAGAUGUUGUGUUACCCCUGGCACCAACAUUCUUCCCCCACUCUUGAUUGCAUAUUAUCUGCUGCCAUUUUAUUAUCAUAGUCUGAUAUGACAGCACUGUAGUCAAUCAUAUUGUGUUAGCUAUUCAAAUGAAGUCUGUUGUUUAAAAGGGUUGAAGAUAUACAGCACAUUAACAAUGCACAAAUAAUGUUUCAUAGAUCGAGAUGAGGACAUAUUUACAUGAUGGAUAGAGCUGCUGUCUUUUAAUGUAAAUGUACAAUAUAUUCUUAUAUAUUCUUGUUUAAUAUUUAGAAGUAGUAUGCAUAGACAGGGUGUCACUGUAUUUGUUUAUGUGGAAAAAUACUCUCAUAUAUUUUUCUAAUUUUAGGCUCUGUUUGAGUGAAUUUAAAAUGUGUAGAUUAGCAGGGUAGACAACUCAGAUCUUUGGAAUAUCACCUUACAGUAUAAUGUGAGUCCGUUCAUGCUACCUUUAUCCAUAUCAGCCUUUCCCUUCGCUCAUGCGCAUGACUCCUUAGACGCAGAUACAUGUUUCUGGGACGCCAUCUGCUGGCUCUGUGUCUAUCAGCAUGCGAAGGUCCAAUCUAGGACUCCUACAACCAGAACUACACUGCAUUUUAAAAAAAAAUCUCUCAAGUGUUGUUAUUAGCAGUAUCGUUGUGAUAUGCCGGAUAUUUGUUUUAUAUUUAGGCAACGGCAGUGUCACUUCAUGGUGCAUUUCACAUUAUAUGCCUGUGCUAAUGGAUGUAAGGUGUAACACUUAAAUGUUGAUCAAAGGAAGCCAAAUUGCUCAACCCUUUGACAAGCUAUUUCUGUUGUGUGUCUUGUGCCAAAGACAAUGGAUAGGCUAAAAGUUGUCCAACGCCUGCAAAAAUCAUCAAAAAGUGCCGCAUAGACUGUGUGUGUUUCACACGGGAAGCGAACCACAGAGAAUAUUUCUGCACAUUUUUUGUCUGGAUUGUUAAGGGAAAAUUGUCAAAUUAUUUACGUAGCCUAAAAGUGUUUGAUGUGCAUCAUCUCAACCUCUACAAAACAUGAAAUAAAUAGGCUACAUUAUGUUGUGGUGCUGCCUUAUUUAACUUAUUUAUUGAGGCCAUGGCCUAUACAUGUUUAAGAUUAUGGGAAAGUCAGCUCAGUACUACAACAAUUUCAAAUGCAUGAAAAUAUGUUUGGCAAUAUAUUUCCAGCACAUUGGAUAUUAAAAGUGAACUUAACAAAG